CUCCAAUUUCCUGAAUUGCUUCACAAGGACAGUCUCCACGCGAAAUUUUGGCACAGCCUCCGCGUGCCUACCUUGACAACAUGUUGUAAACAUCUCCCGUCACCAGUGAGCGACAAUGCAGACUUCACGCCGCAUCUACUUCAACCCAACCAGCAUUCCCAGUCUGAGGACACCGAGAUGUUCGAGACGAGACUUCUACAAUGCGGGGGAGGUAACGAGAAGCGGCCGGAGAAACAAUGCUAGAAGGGGAAUUCGAAUGGAGAGUACCGAAACAGGAGAAAAUCAAACGGGACAUAUCAGCGCAACCUCAAAUGAGGCCAUCCUGUUCUUUGACAACAUUUUCCCCUUAAAGCUCACCUGGCUUCUGCGGCUGCCAUGGCAAGCCGAGCGAGACCUACCGGACCUCCUCCGAAGAUUCAACAACCAGACACUCAGUACUUUCGAACCCUUGACUCUUGUCAAACGUGCAAUUCCUAACUCUGUACCUAUGAAAAUUACCGAGAUCCUUCCACGGCUUAAAGAUGGGGGCGCUUUUGUCAAGUUCUCGCAUCCGGACGGUAUCACAGCUAAGGAGAUAGAAGGACUUGUCUCAAGAUAUUUGAAAGAAAAUCCAAUAAAGCCAUGGUUCAGCCCCUUUAGGCGAAUAAGAUCAAAUCUUGUGGUGGGAAAACCAUGGCUAGAGGAUCUCUAUCGAUUUCCAAGCUGUCGGAUUAAAGUCGAAUUUGUGCCUAUAAGUCCAGGUGGACCGGCAGCUGAGCUAUCCCAAGAGACGUUGUAUAGCCUCUUUCGAAAGUAUGGAAAACUUGCUGAAAUAUCAUCACAACCGUCUGAUUCGAAAGUCUUGCCUAAGUUCGCCUAUCUGGAUUUUGCGAGGAUGCGUCACGCAAUAAUGGCAAGGAAUUGUAUGCAUGGAAUUAAAGUUUUAGAGGCAGAAGGUGGUGGGGCAGCUGGCACAGAGCUCCGUCUUUCCUUUGAGCAGAAGAUGAAGUCACACUGGAUCUGGGAUUGGUUAGCAUCACAUCCUCGAGUGGUUAUCCCCGCCGUUGCUGCCUUGCUUGCAACCGCUGCAACAUUGGUUUUCGAUCCUAUCAGAACCUUCUUCAUCAAGGCCCAUGUUGACCAUGCUUUUCACAUCAGAGAUAACAGGAUAUAUAAAUGGUUCAAGAGCCAGGCGACUGAUAUCUUCACUUUCCGUCUCCAUAGAUCGGAAGAAGCUGGUUUGGGCGCAAUCUGGGACGAUAGAAAGCAGGUCAUUGAUCAACUGCAAACCUGGCUGAUGGAGACGGCCGACACGUUUAUUGUGGUUCAAGGACCAAGAGGUUCUGGGAAGAGGGAGCUUAUUCUGGAUCAAGCACUCAAGGGGCGGCAGAACACAUUACUUAUUGAUUGCAAACCAAUUCAAGAGGCGCGGGGCGACAGCGCGACAAUAUCAGCAGCUGCAGCCUCUGUGGGAUAUCGGCCGGUCUUCUCUUGGAUGAACAGUAUCAGCAGUUUGAUAGAUUUGGCCGCGCAGGGAACUAUAGGUGUAAAGUCGGGAUUUAGCGAAACUCUCGAUGCACAGCUAGGGAAAAUCUGGCAGAAUACGGCAACAGCUCUAAAGCAGGUUGCCCUCCACAGUCGGAAGAAAGAUGACAAGGACGCUGCUCUCGGCGAUGAUGACUGGCUAGAGGCUCAUCCUGAAUGCAGGCCAGUUGUAGUUAUUGACAACUUUCUCCACAAAAACGAAGAAAGUAGUGUUGUUUACGACAAGAUCGCAGAGUGGUCAGCUGGAUUAACGAUGGGCAACAUUGCUCACGUUAUUUUCCUUACCAACGACAUCUCCUACUCGAAGUCGCUAAGCAGAGCAUUGCCAGAUCGAGUAUUUAGGCAAAUUGCGCUUGGUGAUAUUACACCAGAGGUUGCCAAGAAGUUUGUCCUCACUCACCUGGAUUCCGACCAGGAUGAUACUCCCGGCAAUGACGUUAAGUUGACUGCUGGCCAACGGCAAUAUGAUAUUAGUGAGCUUGAUGACUGCAUCGAAGUCCUCGGCGGUCGACUAACCGACUUGGAGUUUCUUGCGCGAAGAUUGAAGACCGGACAAACCCCAAAACGUGCAAUCGCCGAGAUCAUUGAACAGAGCGCUUCCGAGAUAAUGAAGAUGUAUCUUCUUACUGUCGACAAAGGGGAUCGGAAAUGGUCUCCUGAGCAAGCCUGGUACUUGGUCAAAUCACUCGCCACCAAUGAGAUCCUCCGCUAUAACGAAGUUCUGCUAUCUAAUACCUUCGCUUCAUCCCUCACACCUUCUGCAUCCAAUGGAGAGGCUGUCCUGGAGGCUCUGUCUGCUGUUGAGCUGAUCGGCAUCAAGACUCACAAUGGCCGUCCACAAACCAUCAAAGCUGGGAAGCCUGUAUAUCAAGCGGCUUUUAGGCAACUCACCGAGGAUAGAGUCUUGAAAAGCAGACUUGAUCUCGCCAUUCUUACAGAAUUGUCCAAGAUCGAAACGAAGAGUAUCGAUAAAUACGAAGCUGAGCUAAAUAUGCUCGGCAGUCUGCCAAGGCAGCCCAGAGAGGUUGGACCAAGGAUCAAUUUCCUCUUAGGCAAGUUAGCAGCAAGCCAGCAAAAAGUUGAGGCAUGGGAGAAAGAGAUGGGAGUCUUGAAGAAGGUUCUGAUGGACGAAUACUAAUGCGCCGAGUGAUUCUGAUGAAUGUCAUUACCCUACUCGCUUAAUCUUGUAAUGUACUCAAAGGAAUACCGAACUUAUUCCAGCACAAGAGCUCCCCUUGCUUCGAAGGUUUCCUUUCCUCGCUCGAUGCAAUGAUGCAGCAGCAAAUUCUCGAUGUACCUCUAUGGACAAUUCUAGAUGCAAUUCUA